GAGGAUGAACUUUUCAUGUGUGCACCUUCUCUUUAUGGAUUCAGUUUUACAGCAAAAAAAUGGGGCGAAGUAAAUAUUGAUGAUUUAAAUGAAAUUUCAUUUGAUGACGACGCAUUUGAUCAGCUUGUUAUGGAUCCGAUAAAAAAGGAUUUAAUUUCUAGUCUUGUAAUGUCUAAACAUAAAGGAGUAGAUCUUAUCAGUGGUAAAGGUGGUGGUUGUAUUUUUUUAUUACAUGGUCCCCCUGGAGUUGGGAAAACAUUAACAGCUGAGGCAAUUUCUGAGUAUCUUCAUCGCCCAUUAUAUAAUGUUAGUGUUGGAGAAUUAGGAACGUCAGUAGUUGAAUUAGAAAGUAAAUUGAGUGAAAUUCUUGAGGUUGCAAGUAUUUGGAAUGCAGUUAUCUUAAUUGAUGAAGCUGAUAUCUUUCUUGAGCGUCGAAGCGAGAAUAACAUUUAUCGAAAUGCUCUUGUGAGUGUAUUUCUAAGGCUGCUUGAAUAUCAUCAAGGAAUUCUAUUUUUGACAACAAAUAGAGUAAAAUGUUUUGAUGCCGCUUUCCAAUCACGAGUAUCAAUUUCCUUGAAAUAUAAUGAUUUG